AUCGACAUUUACAAUAGCUAACUAGUGUAUUAAAGAGUAGCGGACGAAUACAAACCAAUAUGAUUUGUAUUUACAAAGUUAUGGUGAUCCAUCCUUAGGUGACCCAUCUUGCCCCGCGGCCGUUUAUAUGGAGAUUAUAUGGAAUGUAUCGCAUAAGAAAAAUGGCUAAAAACCAUUUUAUUUUUAAUUUCCAAUGAGAAUGAAUAAUUUUUCAAUCAAUGCCCCAAACUUUUGUAUAUUCAUGCUGGUCAUCUAACAAAAUUAUUAACAUAAUCAAAACAUGAGUAAUGCGCCCGAAGAUGGCACUGACCCAUCUUGCCCCGCGACCCGUCUUGCCCCGCCCCACCCUAUACAUCAAAACCUCUUGAUAACCUCUUUAAUAGCAUCUUCCGGCUAAGUGGACCACCCUCGGAGAGGGUUUGCAAACCGCAUUAAGAGUAGCAAUAAAACCGUUUUAAAACCUAGUAGAGAAAUUUCCCAUUCUCGAUUGUUGUUGUUUUUUUUUCAUCAAAAACUAUGACAGCUCAAGAUGCAGAGAAGCUUUCGAUGGCACGCAAAGUUCAGGACGAUACAUCAUUCAUAAGUAGAAGCGGUCAUUUCAAAGUAAUAUUUUAGUUGUUAUUGUGUUGGUUGGCUUAUGCGCAUUCAAUUUUACCGUGAAUAUUGGGGUGGCAGAAUCACAAAAUUAAUGCGCUUCAAAAAUAGUAAAUAUUAUCAUCUUGGAAUGAAAUGAAUCAAUUUGUUUAUUUAGUAAAACUAUCUCGAAUCACAAGAAAACUCAGCAGAGACAGUUUAUUUAUGUGAGCAUGUUAUGGAAAUGGUGGCAAACUAUCAAUUCAUUGCAAAUUUGAGCAAAAUUGACUAUUUUCCGUUCACGUUAGCUAAUUCUUCAAUAUGGCGACAACCAUAAUCAGUGAAAAUAAAACGAAAGCAAGUUUACUUUUAUGAUGACCGCAAUAAACCUAGAAAUAUCGUAGUUCUGCUUUUCCACCAACAGAUGUCGUUACUAAUCGAACGGAUCGCCAUCUGUUGAGAGUUUUAACAGUUUUAUUGUGGUAAUAAUGAUUGCCAGAAGGUUUACAAAUCGGAAAAUUUUGUUUACUCUUAAAAUCUGUCUUUAUGGAUAUCUUCAAGUAUACUAUAAAACAUUUUAUCAAUGGUUUUCCUAAAAGCAGUCAUAAAACUGCGAGUUUUAAUUAUUGCUGUAAUAAAAAUCAAACAAAACCCAUCAGCAAUGAAAUUGUUACUUGGGAUAUAUAUAAAUGAGUUUGAAGUUCCUUUGAGGCAACAAAACUCACGAACAGGUGAACCGCUCAGGAUGACUUAUGCAGGGUUUGAUUAGUAUUCAUGGUGGCUGUGUUUAUAUGCAGUAAAAGUUACGAAAAUCAUUUAAAAAAGAAUGAAAAUUGUGAAAAUACUGAUUUUUAAUGAGCCGGGAACAAACUCAGCGUGAUCAAAAUUAAAUCAUUGCUGCGAUGACCUCAACAGUUGUCAAACCACCGCAGCUUGGCAAGACAAAGUUUGCCGGGACAGCUUUGAACCUUUAAAAUCUAUCAAAUUUAAUAUAAAGGUCGCACCAUUUACACUAAGGAAUCCUCAAAUGAUUUCAGGGAGGAAUCUCAGAAGGAAUUCCAGGAGGAGCUCUGAAGAAACUCCUGGAGGAAUCUAUGAAGAAGCUUCUUGACUUAUCUUUUCAGGAACUAUUGUAUGAAACCCUGAAGUAAUUUCUACAGGUACAGUUGGUUUAAGAAUCUCUCUUAAAGAGAUCCCUGCAGAAACUUCUGAAGAAAUCUCUUAUUGUAAUUUUUGAGGACUUUAAGAAGGAAAUCCAGGAAAAAUCUCUCGGAAUCCCAAGGGAAUUACAGCAGGAAUCCAUAAAUACAUUUCAGCGGUAAUUUCUGAAGGAAUUCGAGAAGAAAACCUCUAAUUCUAGGUGGAAUCAAUUUAUUGUUAUAUGGAAAAUCUACAAUACAUUUGUUAGUCAGGGGUCAAUCUAUUAUUUAUUUUACUUGUCAGAUACUCCCCGGUCUUUGUCUUUUUUUCGAAUUGCUCAUCAUUCCAUAGAUGUCAACAUGGAUCUCCCGACCUGGUCUUCAGGAGCCAGAUUGAUUGGAUCAAAUCGUUCCAAUCGUCCGUUUACUUUUCGACUCCAUUAGGUGACAAAAGGCUCACUGAAUGAUGUUUUAUAUUUCUUCUCCAAACAUGUCGAGAUUUAUCGAACAAUGACGUACAUGAGGUGUAAAACUUUACGUGUCAAUUCCAUUGGAAUCGAAUGGCGCAAGAGCUCUCAUCCCUCAGAACACCUCCGUCAAUCUUGCCAGUCACGCCGUGUUCGGUUGUCUUGCUUCGCUGUGUGGUGACGAAGAAUUUGGAACGCGUGAUUAAUUGUCAGCACGCGCCUUGUGUCUACCUUCCGUCGUCUACAUGGGAAGAUUCUUUCUCCUCCCUGAGAAUAAAAAAGGAGACAGACGUGAGCAGCUGUGAUGUGUGGUUUUACAGCGCCACUUGGCCAUUUAGUCAAAUUUGCUCCAUUCGUGUUCAACACUUCAUUUGUCUCUUCGUUUUCGGCAAGAUGGAUGGUGGGUUUCAGUGUUGGUGUUCUAGAGAGCAAUCACAUUUGAACAGAUGGAAAUUGGACUUUUUACGACGAUUUAAACUGAGAUGUGUGAACCUCCGGAAGAUUAGUUCAGCUAACGAUCUGUUGAUUGGCGUAGUUAACAGAGGAUUAUAAGAUUUUGAGAAACAGCUGGACGAUGGUACAUCAUUCUCAAUUGGUGUAAAUCUUUCAGUUCAGAUUCAAAAUGACCCAUCUCUUUAGCGAAAUCCCGUUCAAAUAUUCAUUGCAUCGUAGAAAGGUGUCGGUGGGACAGGGCAUUCAUUUGACAUGAGCUUAUCCCAGCGUUGUGAACCUCUCUUCGGAUGGUUGACGACUAUUGUGUGGCACAUCUGUCUCAACCUACACCAUUUGUGCAACCGAGCGAGCAACAUGGCCCCCGGUGGAUGGAUGAAGAAACAAACCCACGUGGUUCAACCUUCUGGCAACGCUCUGGGAACAAUUAGGAAUGCAGGUCUGAACCUAGGCAGAAGCGCAGUGAAUCUCUCCGAUCAGCAUCCAGUAGGUAGUCGGUCGGGGAGCGGGUGGAAGGUGGCCUCCCCAUUGAGUGUCAUGUUCAUCUUUGUCAUCAUCAUCAUCCUCUGGCUCGCCGGCCGGUUGGCUGGCUGGAACCUUUGGAGAAUCCCUUGUUCCCGAAAGGCGCCGCCGCUCUCGCCUGUCAUUCAAGUGCCAACGCCAGACGCCCGGUUCGACUAUUAUAAGGUUUGCCUCCUCCAGCAGCUAUUUUCGGGAUCUUGAUGCCGUGGCUACCGAGCACAGGAAAAAAAGAAGUGAACAUGGAGGAAACUGGAACCGAAAGAGGAAAAUGGUGUAAAUUGUAAAUAGCUGUUAAUUAAUUGGAUUCAUUUACUUUUCUGCUUUGCGCGUCCCGUCUAUUAGGAUCGUGUUCGGGACCGUGCUGCAGAAGAAAGCGGUGAGUUAGACAAGCCGUCUUGUUCUACCACCCGAGAGGAAGUUUGCGAUGGAUUGCGCUGCUUUUGGCUGACAGUCUCAUUGCGCUCGUUACGGCCAUCAGUCUCAGCUUUUCCACUAGGGAAGGAUAGGAAACGGCUCGGAUCCGGAUCACGUUUUGACGUUGUUUUCCGGGAGAUCCUAGGGCGGAGAAUUAUUCAUGGAACAUGAAGACUGGUUUCUUCUUUUAUUGGUAGGAACCGUACAUUGAAGCUUCUCAGUUUCAGGCGAGCUGUUCCUAACGUGAAGGGUAACUACCUCAGUACUGCCACCAAUACGCUUGCGUCUGCCUCUACCUGCAAUCAUGUACUUCAUCUUAGUCGACUUUAUUGUCAAGCUUAUUCUUGCAAAUGAUUUCUUCACUGCUGAUUGUACAAGAAAUGUCAAAUAAGAUCAAUAUCCUCCGUAAAUCCAAGAAUCGUGUGUGACCGUGUGAUGUUAGUGCCAUUCUACUUCACAAAAAGUUACAGCUAGUUGAACCAGCCCUGUCAUCCUCCUUAGUCACGGUUAGUCGACGACUAAGGAGCUUUAUUUUUAAGUCAAAAAAGAUUUUUUUUUUUCAAAAUAACCAUGUAAAAUGGUUAAUGUGAUUAUUACCACCACCCACGUGGUGCACAUUUUCAAAAAAAAAAAAUCACUUCACUUCACGACCACCCCCUCAGGAGGCAAAAUUUGAUAAAACGUUAUUUUUGACCAUUUUGGGUGUUCAGUGUUAACGCCCUGACCGUACCAGAUUGAGUGUAAAUGGGAUUUGACAAAAGUCGGUACCCACGACCACCCCCUCAGGAAGUAAACGUUAUUUGAGAGCAUUUUGGGCAAUUCAAAUUGACAAAAAAGUUGAACACUUUUUGAAAAGUGAAAAAUUUGCCUGUCCCGAUCGUUUAGUCUAUUCCCUGUAAGUGGGUUGAAAUUACAAGUUUAUUACAGGAGGUGGUUUGCGCUUUAUUGCUACAAACAGGAGUGGUCUCCAGUGCACAUACAAACUCAUGGCAGGCAAUGAAAGCCCUUCAAAUAAUAAUUAAGGAAGUGCUAAAAAAAUACUAAGUUGAAAAGAGGCGGGUCAAUUCAGUUGGAACGUUGAACCGUACAGAAGAAGAAGACUGGCGCGAUUCAAAUAUAAUUUUUGAAUGGUGUUUUUUUUUUCAAAAUGUUCAAAAUGCUUUAAAAAAUGUUUUAAAUUGUUCAAAAAACUUGGCCUUCUGCAUCUAUUUGUCUAGAAAUAUAACCAGAAAUCCUUCUAUGAGUUUGAUACGGUACUUUAUUUCCAGGAGAAUCUCCAGAAAUUUCGCCAUUUUUCAGCAAAAAAAAAUGUGCACUGAUAGUUAUCAUGAAAUCAUAAAUUUUAAAAUGCUGGCAUAACAAAUGAAUUGUAGAGUAGAGAGCUUGCAUGGAAUCCAAGCUAAGCAAAAAAAAAAGUCAGAAUAAAAAUUCCCAUAACAUAAAAGCACUCACACAAGGUCAAAUAUUUGACGAGGAAUGAACUAAAGAUCAAACAUCUGUUUGACACUAAUUAAAAUUUGAUCGAGAACAAGAGGUUUGAGCAUUGGUUUCUUAUUGGACAAACAUUUAAGCAGUUCCGUCGUGCGGGGUGUCAUUGGGUCACUAUUCCGCACAUCAAGAAUACGACGGGAAUGCAUAUUGUGUGCAAGACUACUAGAAUAAUAAUUCUAAGGUACUUUGCAUCCACCGUCAGAUUAUCUUAUUGUUACCACACUAUCUGGGCACACUGGUGAAGUGGAGAUGACGCCCAAUACCUACGAUCAGCAUGACAUGUGUCAACGUUAGGCAUAUCAUCGAGCAGGGAGAAAACGAACAAAAAUAAGAAGACCAUAAAAAACAAAGUUUACUAAAACGUGACACUGACGAGAAUUCCAAAUUAUAGUCUAAAUUAAGUAUAUUUCUUUCUAAAUUUGUUACCCUACGCUAGCUUGCACUCACAGGUGAGUGGGAGUGAAAGAAGAAUAUUGAAUUUGUUAUUCUAAUCCUAUUUCUAAUAUUUUGUAGUCGAUAUUGAGUUUGGUAUCGCAUAGCACUGUAGAGAAUAGAAGAGGUACUGAAAAAUGCGAGAAAGGUAGAAGUUGAAAGAGAGAAUAACGGGGUUGCCAUGGAGACGCAGGGUAGAAGGCAGGUAAACAGAACUAAUAAAUCAGUCUUGUGAAUUAUUUUGACGGAAACAAACGUGUUUUAUUUCGCGGUGGAAAUUGGCCGAAAGAACCAACCCCAAACAGUUUUGAGGCCUGGAAAUAGAUUCCACUCGUUUCGGACACGACAUUGGCGCAUCAGCUCCCGAAAAGUAAGUUCCGCGGGUGUACAUUUGCAUUAUGAAUGCUGAUUGAAAGUUGGAAUGCCGUGUAUCGUGCACAGAUGGGACUGAAUAAAGAAAUAUGCCCAUCGUAGGUGGAGACUAGAGACUAAAAAGACACGAGAAUUUAUCCUUCAAGUAAAGUAAGUACACACACAUAUUCUGCUCAUGCAUGAAGUGCUAGUAAGAUUUUGUAUUAAUGCUUUAAAAGUUCAGAUUUUCAUUUGGCCUAGUUCGUCAAACACAAUUAUUGUUCAAGAAUGUUCCAUUUUUUUUCUCCAACAUUCAUUCAGUUGCGAGAGUUAUCCGUGUGAGAGUGGAGAGAGAAAAACAUCUCACUGCGGUUUUCAUUCGCAAGUGGGAAAUAACUGUAACUUAGCAACCGUUAUUCGCCACUUGUCAAUCAACACACACACAUAGAGGCUAAAGUGGUAAAAGAAUGCAUACUAAUGUGCAGCAUAACAAGUUGAAAUCACUUUUUGUUUUCAUUAAGCUAUUUGGCUUGAUAGUCGAUGGAAAACAUGCAUACACUGGCUUGGUUAUUUCCCCACCGGUUUUGAUAAUGUUGCUGGUAUUUUCAUCGUUGCAGAAUUUCCUAUUGCAUUAUUGAUAUUUGCUACAUGUGCUGCAAAACCAUGCCCUGUGAGAUAUCACAUCACAUGUUCGAGUCGUUCUGUCAAAUGGAAUUUUCAAAAACCACAGAUAACAGACGUUUAUGCUUAUAUUGGCAAUGUGUGUAAAAAUGCCCAACAGCCGUUUUGUAUGUAACGAGCAGCUGAAACUCAUGUGGCAAUCAUUUAGAGAUGGCGCAGUGAUCGAUAGUCAGUGAUCGCUUUCAAGAUUGAAUGCACUACGCAAUUUUACAUUCAAGAUUGUAUUCGAUCUUGAAUGAAAGUGGAACUUUGAACUAUUCUUGCAUUCAAGUUAGAUGUAAUGUCGCAAUCAAUUGAGUAGAUGGCGGUAGUGAGCCAACGUAUAUCGUUUUGAACAUUUACACAGGAUUCUGCGAAAAAUUUGUACUAGCAUAAACAUCUGUUAUCUGUGCAAAAACAAACUCUUAUUGGAAUAAAACAUAGAUGAUGUACUAGUUUUCCAAUUGCAUAUCGGACUAGAUUUUCCGAUAGGAUAUCGGUCGGACGUAGUAAGUGUGUUUUAUUUUCAUUCAUGUUGUCUACUGCACCCAGCAUCAGCUGUCGGGAAUGACUAAGAUGUGUUUUAUUUUUGUUUGAGUGCGCUGCAAAUCAAGUAUCGCAAGUAUGCACGGAGCUCACACCCAAUCAUUCAAGUACAAAGCGCGUGCAAGCGAAUACAAAAAAAAAAUGGGAAGCACAACUAAUUAAAAAAAAAUGAAUACAUUUUAAAAAAUAUCUUUAAGAACGAUCGCAACGCCCAAGGCACGUUUUGGAAAGCAUAGCACAUAGUACGGCGACGGUAUCGUUGUUUUAUUUUUUUUCUCGUUCCGAGUACGUAUAGUUCCUUAUGCGCUGGAAUUUUUAAAGAAUUUAUCAUACAGUUUCCACUACAGUAAGGUGCCAUUCGUCAGUUUAUUUGUUUUAUUGUUAAAUUGAUUAGUUCAAUAAUGUCUGUGUUACAAUAAAGUAUCUUUAAUUUUUUCUGUUAAAAAAAAUAAGAAUGCUUUUGCGGUCGUAACCUAAGAAACUAUAGAGUUUUGCAUAGAAAUUUAACCUCAAUUUACUUCCCGAGGGGGAAGAGAACGCAGCGAACAGGAAGCAAAACAAAUCACCGGAAACUGUCAAAACGCGUGUAGGAGAGAAGAGGGCAGGAAGAACGUGAGUAAAACUAACGUUCGUUCGUGACGGCAUCGUGCAAAAUUCAACAAUAAAAUAAUGCAGAGUAUACCCAUACAAGCAAUUAAAUCAAGGUGCAUUAAUACAUAUUGAAAAAAUAAAAUAAAAUAAUAUAAAUUGGCUACAAAAUAACUAUAACGGUGUUUAAAUAUUUAACAUUGAGAUGUUCAUCUAGAUAGUUGAGUUAUGAGUUAUUCCACAGAUAACAGACGUUUAUGCUUAUAUUGGCAAUGUGUGUAAAAAUGCCCAACAGCCGUUUUGUAUGUAACGAGCAGCUGAAACUCAUGUGGCAAUCAUUUAGAGAUGGCGCAGUGAUCGAUAGUCAGUGAUCGCUUUCAAGAUUGAAUGCACUACGCAAUUUUACAUUCAAGAUUGUAUUCGAUCUUGAAUGAAAGUGGAACUUUGAACUAUUCUUGCAUUCAAGUUAGAUGUAAUGUCGCAAUCAAUUGAGUAGAUGGCGGUAGUGAGCCAACGUAUAUCGUUUUGAACAUUUACACAGGAUUCUGCGAAAAAUUUGUACUAGCAUAAACAUCUGUUAUCUGUGGUUAUUCAUUGCAUGUACUCUGUGUUGUUCAUUAAUUACCACAUUAUUACCUACUUCCCCAAUACUGAUUAUGGUUCUAGUAACCAAGUGUAAAUAAAAUAUGAGUUGUUCAUUUGGAUAGUUGAAUUCUGUGUUGCCCUCUAGUAAAUUCCUGUUUCGUGUUCGAAAGAAAUCGCUCAAGAAACUUCUUGAAAGAUUCCUGGCAGGAAUUUUCUACGGUGACUGCCAUUUGAACUGUCAUUUCUUCGCAUGUGCGUACUGCGAUCGAAGAAAAAACGAUGUCUUGACCGAUUCAGACAAGGAAUUUCCCAUGCAUCUAGAUAGGCUGAGAAAUUCCUUCUGAUCUUCAAACAGCCCUUAACCAAGUGGAAAUGAACUCUGAGUUGUUCAUCAAGAUAGUUGAGUUCUGAGUUACUCACUACAUGAACACAGAGUUGUUCAUGAUUUACUAUCACUCUUGUGGAUUCUGUGUUGCCAUCUAGUAACCAAGUUGAAAUGAACUCUGAGUUGUUCAUCAAGAUAGCUGAGUUCUAAGUUCCUGACUACAUGAACUCUGUGUUGUUCAUGAUUUACUAUCACACUCGUGGGCUUUGCGUUGUCCUCAUACUCAUUAUGCUUCUAGUAGCCAAGAGGAAAUGAACUCUGAGUUGUUCAUCAACAUAGUUGAGUUCUGAGUUACUCACUGCAUGAAUUCUGUGUUGUUCAUGAUUUACUAUUACUCUCAUGGAUUCUGUGUUGCCCUCUAGUAACGAAGUUGAAAUGAACUCUGAAUUGUUUAUCAAGAUAGUUGAGUUCUGAUUUACUCACUGCAUGAACUCUGUGAUGUUCAUGAUUUACUAUCACACUCGUGGGCUCUGCGUUGUCCUUAUACUCAUUAUGCUUCUAGUAGCCAAGUGGAAAUGAACUCUGAGUUGUUCAUCAAGAUAGUUGAAUUCUGAGUUAUUCACUACAUGAACUCUGUGUUGUUCAUGAUUUACUAUCACUCUCGUGAAUUCUGUGUUGCCAUCUAGUAACCAAGUUGAAAUGAACUCUGAGUUGUUCAUCAAGAUAGUUGAGUUCUGAGUUACUCAUUACAUGAAUUCUGUGUUGUUCAUGAUUUACUAUUACUCUUUUGUGAUGCCCUCUAGUAACCAAGUUGAAAUGAACUCUGAAGUGUUUAUCAAGAUAGUUGAGUUCUGAGUUACUCACUGCAUGAACUCUGUGAUGUUCAUGAUUUACUAUCUUACUCGUGGGCUCUGCGUUGUCCUCAUACUCAUUAUGCUUCUAGUAGCCAAGUGGAAAUGAACUUUGAGUUGUUCAACAAGGUAGUUGAGUUCUGAGUUACUCACUACAUGAACUCUGUGUUGUUCAUGAUUUACUAUCACUCUUGUGGAUUCUGUGUUGCCAUCUAGUAACCAAGUGGAAAUGAACUCUGAAUUGUUCAACAAGAUAGUUGAGUUCUGUGUUACUCACUACAUGAACUCUGUGUUGUUCAUGAUUUACUAUCUUACUCGUGGGCUCUGCGUUGUCCUCAUACUCAUUAUGCUUCUAGUAGCCAAGUGGAAAUGAACUCUGAGUUGUUCAUCAAGAUAGUUGAGUUCUGAGUUACUCACUACAUGAGCUCUGUGUUGUUCAUGAAUUACUAUCACACUCGUAUAUUCUGUGUUGCCCUCUAGUAACCAAGUGGAAAUGAACUCUGAGUUGUUCAUCAAGAUAGUUGAGUUCUGAGUUACUCACUACAUGAACUCUGUGCUGUUCAUGAUUUACUAUCACACUCGUGGGCUCUGCGUUGUCCUCAUACUCAUUAUGCUUCUAGUAGCCAAGUGGAAAUGAACUCUGAGUUGUUCAUCAAGAUAGCUGAGUUCUGAGUUACUGACUACAUGAACUCUGUGUUGUUCAUAAUUUACUAUUACACUCGUGGAUUCUGUGUUGCCCUUCAGUAAAUAAGUGGAAAUGAACUAUGAGUUGUUCAACAAGAUAGUUGAGUUCUGGGUUACUGACUACAUGAACUCUGUGUUGCUCAUGAUUUACUAUCACACUCGUGGAUUCUGUGUUGCCAUCUAGUAACCAAGUUGAAAUGAACUCUGAAUUGUUUAUCAAGAUAGUUGAGUCCUGAGUUACUUACUGCAUGAACUCUGUGAUGUUGAUGAUUUACUAUCACACUCGUGGGCUCUGCGUUGUCCUCAUACUCAUUAUGCUUCUAAUAGCCAAGUGGAAAUGAACUCUGAGUUGUUGAUCAAGGUAGUUGAGUUCUGAGUUAUUCACUACAUGAACUCUGUGUUGUUCAUGAUUUACUAUCACUCUCGUGGAUUCUGUGUUGCCAUCUAGUAACCAAGUUGAAAUGAACUCUGAGUUGUUCAUCAAGAUAGCUGAGUUCUGAGUUACUCACUGCAUGAACUCUGUGUUGCUCAUGAUUUACUAUCACUCUCAUGGAUUCUGUGUUGCCAUCUAGUAAUCAAGUGAAAAUGAACUCUGAGAUGUUCAUCAAGAUAGUUGAGUUCUGAGUUACUCACUGCAUGAACUCUGUGAUGUUCAUGAUUUACUAUCACACUCGUGUGCUCUGCGUUGUCCUCAUACUCAUUAUGCUUCUAAUAGCCAAGUGUAAAUGACCUCUGAGUUGUUCAUAAAGGUAGUUGAGUUAUGAGUUACUCACUACAUGAACUCUGUGUUGUUCAUGAUUUACUAUCACUCUCGUGGAUUCUGUGUUGCCAUCUAGUAGUAGCCAAGUUGAAAUGAACUCUGAGUUGUUCAUCAAGAUAGUUGAGUUCUGAGUUACUCAUUGCAUGAACUCUGUGUUGUUUAUGAUUUAAUAUUACUCUCAUGGAUUCUGUGUUGCCAUCUAAUAACCAAUUGGAAAUGAACUCUGAAUUGUUCAUCAAGAUAGUUGAGUUCUGAGUUACUCACUGCAUGAACUCUGUGAUGUUCAUGAUUUACUAUCACACUCGUGGGAUCUGCGUUGUCCUCAUACUCAUUAUGCUUCUAGUAGCCAAGUGGAAAUGAACUCUGAGUUGUUCAUCAAGAUAGCUAAGUUCUGAGUUACUGACUACAUGAAAUCUGUGUUGUUCAUGAUUUACUAUUACACUCGUGGAUUCUGUGUUGCACUUCAGUUAAUAAGUGGAAAUGAACCAUGAGUUGUUCAUCAAGGUAGUUGAGUUCUGAGUUAUUCACUACAUGAACUCUGUGUUGUUCAUGAUUUACAAUCACUCUCGUGGAUUCUGUGUUGCCAUCUAGUAACCAAGUUGAAAUGAACUCUGAGUUGUUCAUCAAUAUAGCUAAGUUCUGAGUUACUCACUGCAUGAACUCUGUGUUGUUCAUGAUUUACUAUCACUCUCAUGGAUUCUGUGUUGCCAUCUACCCAAGUAACCACGAAGCCGUAUAUAAGUGCAUCAAUUUUGUCAUAUAUUUAUAUUUAAAAUUGUGUAUAUAAUGCUGCAUUACUUUAAACACCUCAUUGAAGUAAUAUUAAAGUCGAAAAGGGCCCCACUAAAAUCAAAUUAGUGCCUCAUAUUGCAGCACGUUGACAGCCAUUGCUAAAGUGACAUAAAUGCAUGUGCUGUACAUUUGCAUUUGCACAUGCUUAAUACGUGCAACUCGAAAAACCAAAACAAAAAUCUAUUUUUAGCACCGUUUCGUUAUCGACGGUACUAAUGCCCCCACAUGAAUGUUUUAACCAUCAUUUUUUUGUUGUUGCCGGGUCGGGAGUCGAACCAGAAGUGUUGAAGACCGCUAGAUGAGUUCCAUACGCGCUGGUGCCUUGGACUGUUUCUGCUGCAGUGAUAACAACAGAAAUUUCAUUAACUAAAAGGAAACUGUUCUUCUGACUUAAUCAUUGCUGUAGAGUGCAAAACGACUAUGCCAUAUGUAAUAGAAUCCCUGUAAUUACAUUCUGAAAAAUCACUGAAAAAUACAUAAUGCAUUUUAGAAUAUAUUUAUUCAAUAUAACAAAAUUAAAACACCCCUCGCACACUACUCAUUUGUUAAUUGUGGUUUCCAGCAUUAUUGGCAUGCGAUAGCAGGCAACAGAAAUUAAGAGAAAAAGUCAUCUCUAAAAAGGUUUUGCUGAAGAAAGUCGUGGAUCGGUGGUUCAAACAGGGAAUAAGUUGGUCGGGAGUCGAACCAGAAGUGUUAAAGACCGCUAGAGUUGACCGUAAAGUUGUUCACUCUUCUUGAUUUCAUUUGUUUACCAUUAGAGUCAAGCUUUUAUAAUUGUAUUGUUAGAGCAACCUUUGCUAGUUUGUACAUUGCAUUUAUCCAGUUUUUGCAGUGCUGAAUUAUUGAAUUAUCGUAUAUCACCUUUUAAUGCACCCUAAUGUAAAGAAAAAAUGUAAUGCAUCAAUACAUUGAUAAUGCCAAUUUAAAGGAUUAUUGCGUGAGAAGUGUGGAAUUACUGCAUUUUGCAUUGCAAAGGUUCAUAUUCAGUCUAAUUCGUGCAAUGAUAUAAUGCUUGUGGUUACUUGGGUAGUAAUCAAGUGGAAAUGAACUCUGAAUUGUUCAUCAAGAUAGUUGAUGCGUUGUCCUCAUACGCUUCUAAUAGCCAAGUUGAAACGAACUCUGAGUUGUUCAUCAAGGUAGCUGAGUUCUGAGUUACUCACUGCAUGAACUCUGUGUUGUUCAUGAUUUACUAUCACUCUCAUUGAUUCUGUGUUGCCAUCUAGUAAUCAAGUGGAAAUGAACUCUGAAUUGUUCAUCAAGAUAGUUGAGUUCUGAGUUACUCCCUGCAUGAACUAUGUGAUGUUCAUGAUUUACUAUCACACUCGUGUGCUCUGCGUUGUCCUCAUACUCAUUAUGCUUCUAAUAGCCAAGUGGAAAUGAACUCUGAGUUGUUCAUCAAGGUAGUUGAGUUCUGAGUUACUCACUACAUAAACUCUGUGUUGUUCAUGAUUUGCUAUCACUCUCGUUGAUUCUGUGUUGCCAUCUAGUAGUAACCAAGUUGAAAUGAACUCUGAGUUGUUCAUCAAGAUAGUUGAGUUCUGAGUUACUGCAUGAACACUGUGUUGUUCAUGAUUUACUAUCACUCUCAUGGAUUCUGUGUUGCCAUCUUAUAACCAAUUGGAAAUGAACUCUGAAUUGUUCAUCAAGAUAGUUGAGUCCUGAGUUACUCACUGCAUGAACUCUGUGAUGUUCAUGAUUUACUAUCAACUCGUGGGCUCUGCGUUGUCCUCAUACUCAUUAUGCUUCUAGUAGCCAAGUGGAAAUGAAGGCUCUGCGUUGUCCUCAUACUCAUUAUGCUUCUAGUAGCCAAGUGGAAAUGAACUCUGAGUAGUUCAUCAAGAUAGCUGAGUUCUGAGUUACUGACUACAUGAACUCUGUGUUGUUCAUGAUUUACUAUUACACUCGUGGAUUCUGUGUUGCCCUUCAGUAUAUAAGUGGAAAUGAACUAUGAGUUGUUCAACAAGAUAGUUGAGUUCUGAGUUACUGACUACAUGAACUCUGUGAUGUUCAUGAUUUACUAUCACACUCGUGGAUUCUGUGUUGCCCUCUAGUAAAUAAGUGGAAAUGAACUCUGAGUUGUUAAUGAUUUACUAUCACACUUGUAGUCGCUGAUUGGUCGAAAUUGAUAUACGUUUGCUGCGAUCAGAUCGCUUUGUUAUUGGUUUGACCGUGUGGUAGUUUGUAGGUUAUCAUGUGAUAAAAUAUUCAAAAACAUAGUAUUUUCAUAUUCAUGUUUCAUCGACUUCAAAAUAUCUGCAUUCAAAUGUAAUCAACCUAAAGUGGCUCAUUGUCUGAAAUACCAUUGAUACCAUUGAUUUGUUUCAUACAUUUCACUAUAAAUCGAACGAAAAAAUAACAAGGCAGGUGAAUUUCUGUUGUCACAUUCUAUCCUAGAUUAAAAGUAUAAUCCGCGUCCUGUAAAUAUGUUGAUUUCAUCCGUUGAUUUAUUUUUUUAUUUUUUUCUUGUUAAACCAAUUGGCUGAGCUAAACAAUCACACUUGAAUUGUUCUAAUUAUUUUUUUAUAUGCUGAAUUUAAAAUAGUAAUUUCUUCUAAUUGAGCGACAUGCCGCUACCAAUGUUUUCAUUGUGGGUUAUAAUGCGGGGUUACCGGUAGCAUUCCUCAUUGAUUCAAGAGUGGAAGAUUGUCUACGCAAUAAAAACGUUCAAUUUACUAACAAAUAAUGAUUAACUCAAUUCCAUUAUAUAUAGCGUAACAACUGGAUCAGUAAAACAUCUUCAUGCGUUCACAUCUGAAGGAGAGCUGACAUGUACUCUUGCUGGUACAAUUACCAAUGGUUCACAUUGGUGAUUCUGAGAAUAAUUUUUUGGUAGCCUGAAAUGAGAAAUGAUGUCGUAGCCUUUGCUUAAAAAUUAGAACUCUGGCCUGAGAAUUUUUGGGCGUAAUCCGUCAAUACCAUCAGCUUGCCGACAAUUACCAAACUCAAGAGAUCUUACUGAUAGAUUUUACCUCAGAAUCCAAUCAUAAAUCGGGCGAAUUCUUACUCAUAGUGGACACAUACUCCAGAUAUAUAAACGUUGUAGGAAAGAGGUGCGAGGAUGCCAAAACCACAAACACAGAUCGCAACAAAAUCUUCCAUCAGUGGGAACUAACUUUAGCACUGCAAAGAGCGAUAAUGACCCGUCAUUCAAAAGUAACGAACUCUUGGCGUGUUGGCAGAACAAGAUGGUAUUAUGAAAAUAGACCUUAAUUAAACCUUUCAGUAGAAAGCUUAAAAAAAAAACAAGGUGUGAUAAAGGCUGCUGCUGGUUCUAAGGAGAAUAGAAUAAACUUGAUAUUGGUAUGUCCAAAAUACUUCACAUCCACAUUCAAAACACGGAGUCACACCAUUUGAGUACCGAGGAAGUUUCGCUAGCUUGUAAGAGUCGAAAGCUGUUGACUGUGAUCAAAUCGAACCAAGGACGCUGAAUCAAAAUUAUUAAGCAAAAAUACGUUGAUAAUCACAGAGGAGCAACCCUCAGCCAUUAGAGCCGGAAAUAAAGUUGUUGUGGUUCUACAAAAAAAAAAAAAAAAAAAAACUGGUCCAACGUAUUCAAACGAACGCUUCACCGUUCUUACGACGCAAAGAGCAAAAGUUAUUAUUUGGAGCGAAUACACACGCUAUCUAUACCCAGGACGUGGUUCAAUCAUCAGAAUUUGGAUUGAGAAACGAAUGUAGAAUCAACGAUAAUCUUCGCAUGGAUAGUUUAAACAAUGCAAUUGCUGGUUUCGGUAAUCUCAAUAACGAUGGUGAUACUAUAACAGUCUAUUCUAAUAACAUUUGAACUUCCAGUGAUUGAAAAUGGUAUUAAUCUUUUUUUUCAAUUUCAGAAAAUGGGAUUAUGAUUAAUCAUCGCGCGAACGAGGAAUCCAGCAGACUGAGACUCUCGAUUCAUUGAACCGAAGAAGAAAUGAUUUGAUAGCAUAAACGCUGCAGGUCUUCCUAUUCAUAUAUCUAUACGGGAUAUUUUUGGCUCAAAAUAUGAACCUGCUUUAAAACUUUUAUACAAAUUCCUAAAUGAGAUUUGUUAUUUUGUUUGAUACUGUUGAUUUUGUUUGGCAUUCUUUAUUUUCAGCCUUGAAGAUUCAUUUUUAUGACCCCCUGAUCCAACCACACCCUUGGAUUUCUAGAGAUGGUGGACGUUUCACGAUAUGGUACGCUGUCUUUACACACGAUCACGGCUCUGCUGUGGGUCACUAACGUGUGAGCCUUUAGUCUUAAGAUAUUAUUGUAAUGUUUUAAGAAAAGAUAAAGAGGUUUUGUGCCUUUUUAAGAAAGAUUUCGAAUUUGAGGAAAUCACUCAAAGGGGCUUUUCCCUUUUUAUAAGUUAAAAAAAAUAUUACCACUGAAACCAACGAGGGGAACUCCACGGGGAACUCGCAAACUGCAGAAAUUUAUAUACAUGUUUUGAACAAUAUUUUUUCAGUAAAGAGUAGGAAAAAGAGAUAAUGUAGAGAAUAGAAGAGGUACUGAAAAAUGCGAGAAAGGUAGAAGUUGAAAGAGAGAAUAACGGGGUUGCCAUGGAGACGCAGGGUAGAAGGCAGGUAAACAGAACUAAUAAAUCAGUCUUGUGAAUUAUUUUGACGGAAACAAACGUGUUUUAUUUCGCGGUGGAAAUUGGCCGAAAGAACCAACCCCAAACAGUUUUGAGGCCUGGAAAUAGAUUCCACUCGUUUCGGACACGACAAGCACCAUAUAGAGUUUAUAACCUUAACGGUUCGGAAUUGAACACUGAAAAAGUAAGCAAUUACAUGAAUUUAUAUUUCCCUGAACUAAUUACCAUUAAUAAAUUUUAGCUUUGAAGCUACCGAACAGGAGCUAUAAAGACGGUGUUUAUUUUGGAAUCCGCAGCAACAAUUCUUCAAAGUUUUUCAUAGCAGUAGUAUGAGAAACGGUGCGACGCAAUGAGUGCAAGCGGAGAAUAUUCCUGUAAAAAAUGCUCGCGGAGGGAUUCGUCGGACAACAUGGUCUGCUGCGACUUCUGUGACGCCUGGGAGCACUAUGGAUGCGCGGGCGUAACAGACUCCAUAAGUGACUCAAAUCGGUCAUUUGUAUGCGUUCGCUGCACAGAAGAGGCCCGAGGAAGUACGUUGAACACCAUCCCUGAGGGCGAAGCGGUAAUGGGACAAGGAGAAACUAUCCCUCCAACGGAAACACCGACCACCGGAGCCAUUCCGAAGAACCGGCACCUGCAAAAGGAUGAUGAUGCCGGAGGUUCAGUGGUCUCGGUUAGCACGUCAGCUUCUAGUAAAAAAUCUCAAAGGAUACAGAUGUGCUUGAACUUACUAGAAGAGACCAAAAAGGUGAAGAUGCGAAUGCUGGAAGAAGAAGAGAAGUAUCUGCAAGCGAAAUUUGAUUUGCUGAUGAAAUUAGGAGAAGAUGAGGAUGGAAGCAAGAAAAGUUCUGUAAGCGCGCGCACUAAACGGAAGCGAUUGGAGAAGUGGCUAAACGAUGGCCAGGAAGUGCAGGACAAACCUGCUAGCGGACAGGUUGGCCAGGUUCCCGUUGCUCCGAUAGUUGAAGGCCUAGCAUCGCAGGAGAUAAACACAACAGUUCCUACUUCUAAAACUGAGUAUGUUUUGAAGAGUCAGGAACAUACUGCUUCUGCCGGGUUAGUGCAGGAAACUUCGACCCCACUACAAGCGGGCCGCACUUUGUUGACAGAUCUGAUCUCGCCUACUACGAUCAUCUCAUCACCUUUGACAGGCAUGACACAGCCUCAGCAAUCACAAGUCUGGCCACUAUCGAGUGGAUAUGGUAGGACUCCUGGAUUACUUCAUUCGGGCCACCAAACCCACAGAGAGCAGUCUAGGGACAAACCCCAAUUCCAUCAGUCAGUGAGCAUCGCAGGAACUGUCGACAUGCCGUCGGCGUCGGAUACCGGGAAAGUACCAGCUACAGCAUCCGUGUAUUCACAGGUUCCGCUGGGUACAGUAACUGGAGCAGAAGGGGAGCACAGAGCUAAAACAGCACUUGCAUUUGCGUCGAACAGUACAACGCCUCACACCACAGCGGGCCCAACGUUAAGUAACCAGUAUAUUCAACCAACGACGUCAUUGCAAAACACAGCUCGAAUGACGGCGACGAACUCAGCACAAUUUUGGAAUGCAGGAUUCCCAUCUAGUAGGAGUCCACUGGAAGAUUGUCUACCCCGACCGACAUUACCAAUCAGCACCCUUGGCGUAGGGACAAGCUCUUGUCUAGGGCCUCUCCACGAGUGGGAUCCAUCGUCUAUUUCAGCAUCCAACCCAGUAUCUGCUAGUAAUCAGUUCGUCGUAGGGCGUCAAUCUAGCAUCGGACAGCAUCAGAUCCCCUGGUCGGCGGCAUCUCAUAUGCCAGGGUCAACGUUCGUUCCUACGGCCGGAAGUGGCUACGGUAUUCCACCACUAGUCAGUGGUAUGUCUGGUGUGCCAAAUUAUCCUCCACAACCAGCAACGUAUGGUCCAACAGGACCACAAAUUGCUGCCCGCCAAGUGAUGCCUCGAGAUUUGCCAACGUUUGCGGGCGACCCCGAAGAUUGGCCGAUCUUUUAUAGUUCAUUCCGUAACACCACCGAGGUUUGCGGUUACAGCGACGCUGAAAACUUAGCAAGACUACAGCGCUGCCUCCGAGGAAGCGCACUGGAUGCGGUCCGGAGUCGCUUACUACUACCUGCAUCGGUUCCGUUCGUAAUGGAGACUCUCCGUAAAUUAUAUGGAAGACCGGAAGUGCUUAUCAAUUCGCUACUGAAGAAGGUUCGUAAUACCCCUUCUCCGAAGGCAGAUAAUCUGCAUUCCAUCGUAACGUUCGGCCUGGCAGUUCAAAAUCUAAUCGACCAUAUGGUCAUUUCCGAUCAGCAAACUCAUUUGGUCAAUCCCAUGCUUCUUCAGGAGUUUGUGGAGAAGCUACCCACAAAUCUUAAAAUGCAGUGGGGGUACUUCAAGAGCACUGUUCCGAAUGCUAACCUGGAAACAUUUAACGUGUUCAUGUCCGGUUUGGUCAAUUUAGCAUCGGACCUGUCGUUGAACACGGAGGUCAGUCAUCACAGCACUACAAAGCGUGGGGAUAAACAUAAAGAAAAGCUUUUUGUUCACGCUCAAGAACAACCGGGGGUGGCAGCUCCCUCAACCGCUGACAAGAAACAAGGCCACGUCGACAAGUCUGCAGUCGCCAAAGUGUGCUCGUAUUGCGAAAACAUGGAACAUCAAAUAUCGAACUGCACCAAAUUCAAGGACCUGGAUGUGGACGGGCGUUGGAAAGCCAUUCGUUACAAGAACCUCUGCCGGAGUUGCCUGAUACCUCAUCGGAAAUGGCCAUGCCGUUCGAACAAGGAAUGCGGCAAAGAAGGCUGUCGUAUACGUCACCAUCCGCUGUUGCACGCUAAUCCCACGGCACCGGUCACGUCGACAGCAAGCACUACCAACCGAGUAGUAGAGCACCAGAACCACCACUUCAAUAAAUCGUUCGCCCUCUUCCGUUAUGUCCCUGUAACGAUUUCUGGAAACGGUAGACAGGUGAACAUAUUUGCCUUUUUGGAUGAGGGAUCAAGCUCUACUCUUCUUGAAUCAAGUAUUGCCGACCAGCUUGGAGUACACGGACCAGUAUCUUCUCUUUGGCUUUCAUGGACUGGUAAUAUAACCCGGGAAGAAAAGGAAUCCAGAUGCGUAGAAGUAACUAUUAGUGGUACCGGACAAAAGAAGAAGUUUUCCAUCAGAAAUGUACAGACAGUUGACGAGCUACAGCUUCCCAAACAAUCUUUCGACUACGAGUGCCUAGUUCAAGAAUUCCCCUAUUUAAAGGGACUUCCUUUAGAAAGCUAUUCCGAUGUGACGCCACGAAUGAUAAUUGGACUGGAACACGUACGCUUGCUGACGACGUUGAAACUACGUGAAGGUGGAAACACAGGACCUGUAGCAGUCAAAACGAGGUUGGGCUGGUGUGCGUAUGGAAAGGGAUUGGAUAACAAGGAUUGCCAAAUGCAGCAGCUAAAUCUCCACUGCAGCGAGGUCGCGACCAACCAAUCACUAUACGAUUUGAUGAAGCAUUUCUUCGAAGUGGAGGAAGCCGUAGUUACUCGGAAACCGGAGGGAGACGAGGAUAGGCGGGCUAUUGAAAUUCUUGAAAAAACAACAAUACGGAAACAAGACUGUUUCGAGACGGGACUGCUUUGGCGAACCGACUGUUUAUCGCUACCAAAUAGUCUACCGAUGGCUACCAAGAGAUUGCUCGCGCUGGAAAAACGCCUGACCCGGGACCCAGAACUUGGCAGGAAAGUUAAGGAAGAGAUUGCGGCGUAUGAAGCUAAGCACUACGCGCACAAGGCGUCGAAAGCAGAGUUGGAACAAGCGGAUCCACUACGUGUGUGGUAUCUUCCCCUUGGGGUGGUCGUUAGUGAGAAAAAACCCGGUAAAAUCCGCCUGAUCUGGGAUGCAGCCGCUAAAGCAGGUGGAGUUAGUUUCAAUGACUUCCUUCUCAAGGGACCUGACUUGCUUACCUCGCUACCCGACGUCCUACUUAGAUUUCGAGAACGAAACAUAGCGAUCUGUGGAGACAUCUGUGAAAUGUUUCACCAGAUAAGGAUCCGGGAACAGGACAAACAAUCACAGCGCUUCCUAUGGCGAAACGGUCCGGAGGAACCCAUGCAGACAUAUAUAAUGGACGUAUCUACCUUUGGCGCCUCUUGCUCCCCGUGUUCAGCGCAAUUUAUUAAAAACAAAAACGCUCGUGAGUUCACAGAGGUUUUCCCGCGGGCGGUGGAUGCGAUCAUCUACAAUCAUUAUGUGGAUGAUUUCCUCGAUUGCACUGACACUGAAGAAGAGGCAAUAGAACUAGUUCAAAACGUAAAAACGAUUCAUGCUGCUGCUGGGUUCAAAAUCAGCAAGUUCCGCUCAAACUCUGAUAAAGUACUCUCGGCUAUCGGCGAACCGGACGGCUGCCAUCAAAAGGUUUUGUGUUCCGACAAGCAGACCACCUCGGAGCGGGUGUUAGGACUGACCUGGAUUCCCUCCUCCGAUGUAUUUACGUUUGACACGACGGCAUUGCUUCCUCGAACAAUACAGGCUGAAGGUGGCACGCCUACCAAACGCCAGGUGCUCCAAACCGUUAUGAAGUUGUUCGAUCCACUGGGAUUAGUAUCCCACUAUGUCGUUCACGGAAAGAUCCUGAUGCAGGAGAUUUGGCGAUCAGGUUCCAAUUGGGAUGAACCUAUUGCUGAUCAUUUGCUGGACCAGUGGCAUCGGUGGAUUGAACUACUUGGACUCCUAUCUGAGGUGCAGGUGCCCCGGUGCUUCUUCAAAGGUGCUUCUUCGAAUUUGCUGCAAAGUCUGCAGUUACAUGUUUUGUGUGACGCAAGCGAGGUUUCCUACGCUUGCGUGGCGUAUCUGCGUAUGGAUACUGGAAAUGGAGGCCGAUGUGCGCUGGUUGCUUCGAAGACCAAGGUGGCACCCUUGAAGCCACUCUCCAUUCCCCGGCUGGAACUUCAAGCAGCGCUGAUUGGGGCACGAUUAUCGCAGAGAAUCACAUCGGCUCUAACAUUGUCGAUCCAAAAAUGUUACUUUUGGUCAGAUUCCUCAACAGUGUUGUCUUGGCUUCGUUCCGACGCCAGACGCUACCACCAAUACGUUGCCUUUCGCGUUGGAGAAAUCCUGUCCAUCACCAGUGCGGAUGACUGGAGACAUGUCCCGUCGAAGUUGAAUGUUGCUGAUGAAGCGACAAAAUGGGGACCUGGUCCAAGCUUUGAACCUGAAAGUCGAUGGUUUCGAGGUCCUUCGUUCUUGUGGGAAUCAGAAAAAUUCUGGCCGACCGAAGAAAAGCAACUAACCACAACCCGCGAGGAAUUACGGACCGCCUUUCAACAUCACAACUGCGCGGUAGAAGAUCCCCUCGUUGAUGCUUCUCGGUUUUCUAAUUGGAACCGUAUGGUGAGGGCAAUAGCCUACUUUCAUCGAGCGGUUGGAAUUUGGCGUAAAAGGCUGACCAAAAAAACAACGGAAUGCAGUUCUACGAAGUGAGGAAAUAUCGAAAGCUGAAACCACCAUCUGGAAAGAGACUCAAGGACAGGCCUUCGCGGAUGAAACAUCGAUGCUGAAAAGGGAAGUUGAAGGUUGUACGAUGCCGAAACGUAGUCCGCUAUACCAGCUGGCUCCAUUCCUAGAUGAUCAGGAGGUCAUACGUUUUCGGAGUCGAAUUGAGGCAGCACCGUGUGCACCGUAUGAAACAAAAUACCCGAUAAUUCUGCCCACCAAGCAUCGUGUGACGUUCUUGCUCGUUGAUAGUUAUCAUCGCCGCUUCCUACACGCUAACAACGAGACUGUUUGCAAUGAGAUCAGACAGCGAUACUACAUUCCCAAAUUGCGCUCGUUGAUCAGGGCAGUUACCAAAAACUGCCAGGCGUGUAAAGUUAACAAAGCCGUUCCUAAGGCUCCUAUUAUGGCACCAUUGCCAAAGGUACGUUUGACCCCAUUUAUUCGAGCCUUUACAUAUGUGGGCUUAGAUUACUUUGGUCCACUGGAUGUGAAGGUAGGAAGAGCCGUGGCUAAAAGAUGGGUGGCUCUUUUCACAUGCCUCACUGUCAGAGCUGUGCACCUCGAGUUGACCCAUAGUUUAUCUACACAAUCGUGUAUAAUGGCCGUCCGACGUUUUGUGGCACGGCGAGGCGCCCCCAAAGAAGUGUACACAGACAACGGGACGAAUUUCCAAGGUGCAGGCCGACGACUAAACGAAGAGAAAAGGAAGCUGCUCAACAUUAGCGAGAAGUGUGCUACGACGUUCACAAAUGCUGAUACUACAUGGUACUACAACGUCCCGGCCGCCCCCCACAUGGGAGGGCCCUGGGAACGUAUGGUAAGGGCAGUUAAGACAGCGAUGAAGGCAAUUUCCGAAUAUCCGAGACACGCGAGCGAUGAAGUUUUGGAGACGGUGUUAUUGGAAGCCGAAAGUGUUGUAAAUUCCCGUCCACUCACCUACGUACCUGUGGAAGGCAUCAAUCAGGAAUCGCUCACUCCCAACCACUUCCUGUUGUAUGGGUCUAGCGGAGUUAAACAACCAACCGGAGCACCAGUAGAUGCGAGGUGCGGUCUACGCCACAGCUGGACGAUUGCGCAGGACAUGGUCAACGGCUUUUGGCGUAGAUGGGUACUGGAAUACAUGCCCAUGCUGACACGGCGAACCAAAUGGUUCGAAAAGGUCAAACCUCUAGAACCGGGCGACCUAGUGAUAGUGAUUGACGAAAACACCAGGAAUUCAUGGGAACGAGGGCGGAUCGUGGAGGUCAUCAAAGGAGCAGAUGGACAAGUACGUCGAGCGGCGGUGCAGACAUCUCGGGGCGUCUUCUUCAGACCUGCUGUUAAACUGGCAUUGCUGGACGUUAGCGAGGCACCGAAGGAAGUAGCUGCUGACCGUGCCGGAAGUGGGUCAUUCCACGGGCGGGGGGAUGUUACCACACUAUCUGGGCACACUGGUGAAGUGGAGAUGACGCCCAAUACCUACGAUCAGCAUGACAUGUGUCAACGUUAGGCAUAUCAUCGAGCAGGGAGAAAACGAACAAAAAUAAGAAGACCAUAAAAAACAAAGUUUACUAAAACGUGACACUGACGAGAAUUCCAAAUUAUAGUCUAAAUUAAGUAUAUUUCUUUCUAAAUUUGUUACCCUACGCUAGCUUGCACUCACAGGUGAGUGGGAGUGAAAGAAGAAUAUUGAAUUUGUUAUUCUAAUCCUAUUUCUAAUAUUUUGUAGUCGAUAUUGAGUUUGGUAUCGCAUAGCACCAUAUAGAGUUUAUAACCUUAACGGUUCGGAAUUGAACACUGAAAAAGUAAGCAAUUACAUGAAUUUAUAUUUCCCUGAACUAAUUACCAUUAAUAAAUUUUAGCUUUGAAGCUACCGAACAGGAGCUAUAAAGACGGUGUUUAUUUUGGAAUCCGCAGCAACAAUUAUAUUGAAUCUGUGAGAUCGAUGGACCAAUGUUACCCACCAGGCCCAAUGUCACCCCGAACGACGGCACAUGUUUUUUGUCCAUGGGCCCCAUUUGGUUUUAUUUUUUUUAUAGGGAAGAGUAAAUGGAAAUUACAG